UGUUGAGUUUGUGGGGUUUAUGUUCAGUUUGUGUCGUUGGCUGCUGGUUUGAGGUGGUGCAGCUCAGCUAUUCCAGCUCCUCCUGCCUCUGGAGUUCCUCCAGCAGUGGUGGCUGACAGGACAUCAGAGGGAUCUCUGGCACAGUUGUGAGGCAGCUGCCCUGUGUCAGGAGAGGCACUUUAUCCUCUUUUUUUUUUAUUUUAAAAGCACUUUGUCUUUAAAAAUACUUCUGGCUGUGAUCCAAGGCUUCUGGACUGAGCUCCACCUACCAGGAGAUGUCUUUGCAGGCCCUGUUGUAUCACUGAGGUUUCCUUACACCCCAAACUGUUUCUGGAGAAAACCAGGAACAGACAUUCCUUUUCUGGAACGAUGAAUGCUCGUCUCUAAAAUUGGUCAGGAGCAACUUUCCUUUCGUCCCCCUGUGCCUGGAUCCCUGUUCAAAUCCAGGUGCAGACCCUUUGGAUGCUCUGCUGGAGCAACAACAGCGUCCACGGGUGGGUGGUGACCUGCAGGAGCUGCCAGUCCAGGGUGUUUGCCCAUAAAGCCUGGCUUGAAUCGGGAAUCCUUUGGGAAUAAUUCAAAUAUAGGAAUGACUAACCAAGGUUUCAGUGGUGUUGACUCUUGACUGGGAGGUUUCCUUCCCAUGGAAGCACCCUUUGUCUCACAGCCUUGUCUCCUGAUGAGCUGAAAGUUUGUCAGUUAUAUUCCGAGCGUGUUUUUCCGUGGAUAACUAAUUUUAUUUUAAUUUUAAGAGGAAUAAUUAGAGUUGUAUCGCUCCAACGGGAAAAGCAGCAAUAAACCCUGUCAGGAAAAGCACAGUGGCUUGGGGAAUCCUGGUGCUGGGCAAAGUGCCUCUGGAUGGAAGAGCACGGCGUGGCGCAGGCGGAGCACAUGGCCACCAUCGAGGCGCACGCCGUGGCCCAGCAGGUGCAGCAGGUGCACGUGGCCACCUACACGGAGCACGGCAUGCUGAGCGCCGACGAGGACUCGCCCUCCUCGCCCGAGGACACGUCCUACGACGACUCCGACAUCCUCAACUCCACGGCCGCCGACGAGGUCACGGCUCACCUGGCGGCCGCGGGCCCUGUCGGGAUGGCAGCAGCCGCUGCCGUGGCAACGGGGAAGAAACGGAAGCGACCGCACGUCUUUGAAUCCAACCCAUCCAUCAGGAAGAGGCAGCAGACACGUUUGCUCAGGAAGCUCCGAGCCACGCUGGAUGAGUACACCACCCGGGUGGGGCAGCAGGCCAUCGUGCUCUGCAUCUCACCCUCCAAACCCAACCCUGUCUUCAAAGUGUUCGGGGCCGCGCCCUUGGAGAACGUGGUAGGUGUCUCCAGGGAAAGGCACUCCCUCUUCCUGCAUGGGCCCAGCUUUGCUUUUCCCAGAGAUCCCGAGGCUGAGCUCGCCUCAAAACUACCAGAGAGGAAAGACCCUAAAAAUUCCCCCCUCUGCUGUGGUUUGUUGCAGGCACAGCUGAGAGCCUUCAUCCCUGAGAUGCUGAAGUAUUCCACGGGCCGUGGGAAGCCAGGCUGGGGCAAGGAGAGCUGCAAACCCAUCUGGUGGCCCGAGGACAUUCCCUGGGCCAACGUCCGCAGCGACGUCCGCACGGAGGAGCAGAAGCAGCGGGUGUCCUGGACCCAGGCCCUGAGGACCAUCGUGAAGAACUGCUACAAGCAGCACGGGCGCGAGGACCUGCUCUACGCCUUCGAGGACCAGCAGACCCCCCAGACCACGACCACGCACAGCAUCGCCCACCUGGUGCCCUCCCAGACCGUGGUACAGACCUUCAGCAACCCCGAUGGCACCGUGUCCCUCAUCCAGGUUGGCACCGGCGCCACGGUGGCCACGCUGGCCGACGCCUCCGAGCUGCCCACCACGGUCACCGUGGCACAAGUGAACUACUCCGCGGUGGCCGACGGAGAGGUGGAGCAGAACUGGGCAACGCUACAGGGGGGUGAGAUGACCAUCCAGACGACGCAGGCGUCGGAGGCCACGCAGGCGGUGGCAUCGCUGGCAGAGGCAGCCGUGGCAGCGUCCCAGGAGAUGCAGCAGGGAGCCACUGUCACCAUGGCACUCAACAGUGAAGCUGCUGCCCACGCCGUGGCCACGCUGGCCGAAGCCACUCUCCAAGGGGGGGGACAGAUUGUCCUGUCUGGAGAAACUGCGGCGGCGGUCGGGGCCCUCACCGGCGUGCAGGAUGCCAACGGGAAGGUGGAGCCAAAUGAGUCGCUAGCAGCUUGGCAAAGUGCAGAUCAGCUUGCUUGCGCCGAGGAGGACAGGAAGGAAAGAGUCAAGCUUGUUGUAGGGCCUUCCUGGUGGGAACAGAAUUUUUUAAUGAAGGUUUACCCUGAAACAGGUAGGAUUUAUUCCCAAUGUGAAGGAAAGGUGAGGAAAAUCAGGUUUGGCAGAUGUUUUUCAGAGGAGAGGGUAGGAAAGAGGCUGGCAGCCAACGAGGAGAGAUAAAAGGGGUGAGUGGGGAAUUCCUGGAUUCACUGAGCAGCUCCAGGAACAGGGAGAGGUGUUUCCUAGAGGACGAAUUACUGGGCACAAAUGGAUAAUUAUCAGCAACAGGGCCUUGAUGGACUCUAAAAUACCUUGGCAUAAGCCUCAGUCAUGAGCUUAACCUGUGUCAAGUCUGGGUCUGCUCUCCCAGGGAACAAGGGACAGGACCAGAGGAAACGGCCCCAAAUUGCACCAGGGGAGGUCCAGGUUGGAUAUCAGGGAAAAUUCCCUCA